GUAUUUUUAUUUUUAUUUUAUUAUUGUAAGGAUUUACUUUAUCCGACUUGUUAAUCUUUGUUUUUUUUUUGUUUUUUCUGAAUUUUUUGGUUUUUUGCUUGGUGGAGUCGGCGAUGUGUGGAGCAAUCAAAGAGCUUCAUUUUGGGUCUGUGAUUCGAAUUUGUUUCUCGAAUAAUGUUUGAUUGGGAAGAAGACGAGCUAACUAAUAUGAUAUGGGCUGAUGACGGUGAGACAGGCGACCAUAUUGUACCUUUUAAAGUAAGAAGUGAACAACUUAACAAGAAGGAACAGAGUGACGAAUCUAAGACAGCUAAGCCGGCUGAGCAAAAGAUAACUGGGACUACAGCUGAAAUCCAAGAUGAUGAUAUAUUGGGGAGCACUUCGGGCCAUAAUGUCGAUGACGGGAUUCCUCAGCCAGAUUUCUGUAUGACCUCAUGGCCGGACUCGUCGCUAUCUAAUGCCAGAAAAGAUGAUACAGAUUCGAGUGCAACUGAACUUUCAAAAUGCUUAGCUGAGCCAGCUAAACAUGAUUCAUCAAGAGGUGAGAAAACGUCUGAACUUGGGAAAGGCCCCGAUAUUUUUCAUAGCACUGAUGAGAGUAAAGAGCAAGGUGAUUUUGAUGAGUACGGCUGGGCCAACAUUGGUAGUUUUGAUGAUCUUGAUCGAAUGUUCAGCAAUGAUGUCCCUAUAUUUGGCGAUGGCAGUCUCAGUGGUGCUGAUGAGUUGUGGUCUUCUUCUAAAGAUGUAUCCAAUAGUCCAAAAUCAUUAUCAUCAAUUUUAGACUCUCAAGAUCUAGGACUGGAUAUUAGAACUGAGUUUGAGCAACAAGGGAACCACCAAUUUCCGUUGGCUGGAAAUGCCAAUGGUCUUUCAUCCCAAAGUGUGCCGAGUGUACAUGUAACCCUAAAGGCUGAGCAAUAUCGUGAGCACAAGGGUCAAUCCUCAGUUGAACACCAGCCAUAUCAACAAAAUAAAAUGAUGAAGUUUACAAAUAUGUCUGGGAGUUCAGAGGCAGGGGCAUUUCAAGAUCAGUACAAUCAGAGGACUCCUUCCAGGAAUUCACCUAGAAAAUUUGUAAAUCAGUUGGCACCGCCACGAUCCUCUUUGAUGGCUGUUAAUCUGCAGAGGGAGUCUGAAGGUUAUGUGACAUCACAUUAUUCACAUAUGCCAAACCAAUACAUGACUACUUCUGCAUUUGGUAAUCUUACAAAUCCAUUUUCCAGUGUGCCUGUACUUUCGUCCGUUCAGCAUCCUGAUCUUAAGAAUCAGUUGAUGCAUCCUUCCUACGAACCUCCUACUGCUACCUCCGUAAAAAUGGCAACAGAUGUCUCUCCUCGGCCUUCAACAAUGACACCACAGGAAAAACUAGAAAAACUUAGACGCAGACAGCAAAUGCAGGCAAUGCUUGCAAUUCAGAGACAACAGCAGCAAUUUUCUCAUCAGGUGCCUGUAGUAGAUCAAUCCAUUACACAGAAUUCUCGCCAAGAUAUUUCACUCCAGCUUGUCGACAAAACUAAUCUCCAAGGGAUAACUACAAUGCCUUCCUUUGAUCCUAAUUCAUCUUUGGAACAAAAUGAUUCUGGCAAUUUUACUACUGCUGUUGAUAAUUCAGCGGAGUUCUCAGUUCUUUAUCGGCUCCAGGAUGUUGUAGCAAAGUUGGAUAUGGGAACAAGGACUUGUAUACGGGAUAGCUUAUUCCGGUUGGCUGGUAGCGCAGCUCAGAGACACUACACAAAUGGUACAGCCCAUAGUAACAAGACUAGCAAGGAUGACCAGGAUGUUAUUCCCAGAGAAGAUUCCAGUUAUAGAUAUGCUGGGAUGCCAGACACAGAGGCGGUGACCAAUCCCACAGACAGAACUGUGGCUCAUUUGCUCUUUCAUAGGCCUUUUGAUAUGCUGGUGGCAAAACAUAUGGAAGGACCAGAAUCACCUGCUUCUUCGAAGAUGGGAAGUGAAGAAAAAGGGGAUUUCCCUAAAUGCAACGUACGAGAGAGUCGCUUACAGAAGCAGAAAGCUCAAGAGGAAGAAGGACCUACAGAUUCACUUGCAUUGGGGAAUGCACCGAACUCUGGAUCAAGUAUUACUGUUGGUGAGAGGGAUGUUGAAGAACCCCAAGGAAACAAAAGAAAGUUGUGAAAUUUAUAAGUUUAGGUUGCCAUGUUAGAGAAAAGCGUUGGAAUUUCGGCAGACUUGAUAACAUCGCUCUGCGACUACUGAAACAAUCUCAUCAUUGCUCCUUUCUUGUGAAGCUCUUAUUCUUGUAAUUAGAUGUAUUUUUACACGUACCUCCAUGACAACUACAUUUUGGAAAACUCGUGUAGUUUGCUAAAAUUUUCCUCAUUCAAAACCAAAAUCCAUCUCUUGUUAGAA